AUGAGGUUUCUCGUUUUUCUAGAUGCUGAGACGGAAAUACUCUGUGCAGGUGUUGCUUCAGAAGCAAACGCUGUGGGAGACUCUGUUGAAAUUGUCCAGUACAAUGGUUCACUCAUUCAAGCUAUUCGUCAGAAAGACAAACAGCAGCAGGAUAUGACUAACGUUUUUACCUGCUUCAUCACAGAGACGAAGACGCUUGAGGACGCCGAUGUUGUGUAUGCACUGUACUGCAGACGUCUACCUGUUCUGUCCUUAGCAAAUAAACAUUGUGCUCCAGUUUUGUUGCUUGAGACCAUGUCCUCACUGGGCGUCGACCAAUCGGAUGAUCUCCUUACGUCACAGCUUCGCGCCCUGAAGGCCUUCUUCUUAUUUAAAUCUACACGAAGUCAGGUUAUUGUUCUUGAAGGUGGUGAUGGUGUAGGGAAGGCGACACAAACAAAGCUUCUGAUGGAUCAUCUCAGGUGUCUGGGUCAUCGCACUGCUACUCUUGAGUUUCCAUCGGAAAAGAGUCGGUAUGGUGGACUUCUUCGCGAGAUUUUGUCAGGAAAAAAGGGAGGCAUACAGGAGUUAGACCCAAAACUUUUUAGCUUGAUCUUUGCCUUGAACCGUUUUGCUUGUUUCUCUGAACUUCGGUACUGGAUGCUCCGUGGCACCAAAAUUGUUCUCGAUCGGUACUACACUGCGAACUACGGUCACCAAGCCUCUAAAUUUCCGGAAGAGAAACGCAUCGGGUUUAUUCACAACCUUCAAUUAAUGGAGGUUACGUGGUUGGGUCUUCCCCCUGCGAAUGUCGUGUUCUAUCUUGACCUCCCUCCCGAUACGGCGUUGAGUGCGAUGAAGGCAGAUCGGAGCCGCGGACACCUUGAUAUUCAUGAGACAGCGCAGCACACAUACAAAGAGGAUGUUAGGAAUACCUACUUGUGGUGUUGCCAAGAACUUCCAAACUGGAUUCACAUAAAGUGCUCUGAUGAGACGGGGCUACGUCAAAGUCGUGAGGCAACACACGAUUUAAUUUGCAAUGCGCUCAAAGGGAUGAUUUUUUGA